AUGGCCCAGUCCCGGGCCAACGGCUCACACUACGCCCUGACGGCGAUAGGGCUGGGGAUGCUCGUCCUCGGCAUCAUCAUGGCCGUCUGGAACCUCGUCCCCGGCUUCGGCCCCGCUGAGAAACCCACCACCCACGCCGGGAACAGCAGCAAACCCGACCGUGGCACCGGAGGUAUUUUGAAGAGCAAGACCUUCUCGGUGGCGUACGUGUUGGUGGGAGCGGGUCUGCUGCUGCUGCUGCUCUCCAUCUGCUUGAAUAUCCGGGACAAGAAGAGGCAAAGCGAAGACAUCGCUCGCGUGCAGCACCAGACUGCGUCUGCAGAGCCCUCGCAGCAGGAGGACAGUCAAGAAGAGGACGAAGAUGUGUCUUCCCAGUACUACGUCCCCAGCUACGAGGAGGUGAUGAACACGGGCUACUCUGAGCCCAGAGACUUGGACAGGAGCAACAGGAUCAGCGUCUCCCUGCCCUCCUACGAGUCGCUGACGGGGCUGGAUGAAAGCGCCCAGCCCUCGGGAGCCCCCGGCCCGGAGCCUGGCACGGAGCGGCAGCCCGGCCGGCACAACUCGCGCCUGAGCAAGCGCCUGAAGCCGCUGAAGGUCCGGAGGAUCAAGUCAGAGAAGUUGCACCUGAAGGACAUCAGGUUAAACCUCGCGGAGGGGAACAGCACUGCCCCGAUCACGAUAGAGCCGCUGACCCCUCCGCCCAAGUAUGAGGAGAUCCAGGAGAAACCCCCGGAGAGCCAGCAAAUGACUUAA